GCAGAUUGGGUGCAAGCCUUGUAGUCGUUAUAAAAAACACUGAGCCAGGUGUGAAUGUUGUUAGUAUUGCAAACAAAUUUGUGUGAAACAUGCAGCCCUUCUUUAAAUUCUGCUUAAUGCUGUUGCUGACUGCAACAUGUUUUCCCAUCACAGUGGUUGACGCUGUAGAACAAGCCACCACCUGCGACUUUUACCCUUUGAACAUUCAUCGCCUAAGCUGCCAACACGGCGUGAUCUCCGUGGAGCAGUCUUUGUUCGGUCGCACCAACUCGUUCAUCUGCAAUGAGGGCGUCGCUUCGCAUAUGGUGGCGAACACAAAGUGCGCUCAGGACGGCACUCUAGAGCGCGUAAAGUCCAGUUGCAACGGCAAGACCUUGUGUGAAUUGAACACAGGUGACUUCCGCACUCCUGAUCCUUGCGUGGGCACCUUGAAAUACUUGCAGACCAACUACACCUGCCUGGAUGCAAUAAUCAUGAUGGCAUGUGAGACUUCCGAGGCCUAUUUACAUUGCGAUCCAGAAAGCAAGAUUGUCGUUCACGGCGCUAACUACGGGCGUCGUGACCGGAACACGUGCGCCUUCCAAAAGCCUCUGCAAUAUGUGAAAAACACAGAAUGCACGCACCCGACUAACAUCGUUGCUGAUAGGUGCAAUGGGAAAAACAGCUGUACAAUCAAAGUCAGUAACAAAGUGUUUGGAGACCCCUGCAAAGGCACCUACAAGUACUUGGAAGUUGCUUACUCAUGUGAGGGUGGGAGGGACCAUUCUUACGGUACUCAAUAAACCAGUGGGGUACCGCCAUGUUUUGAGUCCAUUGUUGCUGUAAAGUGCAGUGUUUAAAUGGGGAAACAUGGUAGUCUUCAAAUAUUACAUCAAUAAACGUAUCUGGAAGCAAAGUUUGCAAAUCUUUUUUUUUUA